AUUUACCUUACAUACCUCGCACUUACAUACAUACCCGGCAAUGGGCAUACAUACAUCAGCUCAUCCCAUUUAAUGACCUUCUUAUUAGUAUGCGAUUGUACCAUCCGUACACUGUCCAUACUACCUCUAUUACACAUAUGAUACCCAUACCCAGGUCCCAUACCCAGGUCCCCAUACCCUUAUUAUUGAAGAGUACAUAGAUACAUCUGGCUUUAACGUAUUGGACCUAACCUAACAUACCAUAGGUACCUAGGCGGCUAGGCCAAGAGGCUAGACUAGAUGUUGCAUUUUGAUGCAUUUGCAUCUCUUGACCUUUUUGCCUUCCUGUGAUGCAUACACAUAACUGCACACACACACUGCACACGCGCAUCUAUUCAAUCUACCUAACCAUUGCAAUCUACUUAUCUAGUCAAUAUUAGCCCUUAUGAGCUUUCUCCUACUUCACCUUAGGUAGCCUUUAUUUUAGGGUAUCCUAACAUAACAGCACAGCACCACGUAUGUACGUAUGUACGUACAUAUUAUGAUACAUGUAACUGGCUAAGUCCAACAUUCGUAAAAAAAAAAGGUCGCCCUUCCACACUCUUUUUUUCCCAUUCCUCCCAUACGCUCAUAUGGUAGGUAACCUUACCUUUUUACCUCAGGUAUUCUUUUUUUAUUUUUUAUUUUUUUUAUUUUCCUUACCUCGCCUUUCAUACCCCGGCAAUCCCCAAGAUCCAAAGUUUCGAUUCCCAAUUUGCCUCACCUUAGUUGAAGCAUCCGGCAUCCUUGUCAUCGACAACAAGUUUCCUCAGUUUCCCAAGCUAGCUCCCUCUGUUUCUCUUUUUCUCAUUAGUAGACCCUCGUCCUACGUCCUACCUACACGAGAACCCAAUUCGGUAUCGACAGUCUCGAUAUUAUAGGUCGAUCAACGUGUGCUCUUGGCGACCCUACUUUGCAAUAUCUACCUACGUAUGUACGUGUAUACGUAUGUAUGUAUGUAUGUAUGUAUGUAUGUACCUACCUGAAGCCUGAAGCGUACCAGAAGCGAUCUAGAAGCUACCUACAUACCUAUCUGCCAGGACUAUCGUGGGACAUAACUCGGUAAGCUUCCCACGGACCCUUGUCUUCCAGCCUGCCGUGGUACCACCGGCGAAACGCUCAUAUGGAAUCUUCGCCCUCCAGCAUAGUUCCUGUCUGAAACAUU